CUGAAGCACCGGUAAGAGCAACGAUGGCUGGGAAACACGUUGGGAGUGUGGUGUUCGUUACUGGUAACGCUAAGAAAUUGGAGGAGGUUGUUCAAAUUCUAGGUGACAAGUUCCCUUUCACACUUGUUUCCAGAAAGAUUGACUUACCAGAGUACCAGGGUGAGCCUGAUGAAAUUUCAAUAAAGAAAUGUCAGGAAGCAGCCAGAGAGGUCCAAGGUCCUGUAAUAGUAGAGGACACAUGUCUGUGCUUCAAUGCACUUGGCGGCCUUCCUGGUCCGUACAUAAAAUGGUUCCUGUCAAAGUUACGACCUGAAGGUUUGUACAAGAUGCUGGCAGGCUUUGAAGACAAAUCAGCUUAUGCACUCUGUACCUUUGCAUAUAGCACAGGAAAUCCGGAAGAUCCAGUGAAGCUGUUUCGAGGGAAAACUCUGGGCAAAAUAGUUGAUCCUCGGGGACCCAGAGACUUCGGUUGGGAUCCUUGUUUUCAGCCUGACAACUUCGACCAGACAUAUGCAGAAAUGCCUAAAACGGUGAAGAACACAAUAUCUCACCGUUAUAAAGCACUUCGUGAAUUGGCAGAUUAUUUUGUCGGGGAGAAUGAUUCUUCAAAAAAACCCCGGCUAGAGGAGGAAAGCCAUUAAAAACAGCAGUUUUUCAUAUUUUAUAGAAUAAAAAUAAUGUAAUAUUUGUGUUACAUAGAUGGCAAUAAAUACUUGGUACAUUUUGGAGAUGUGGUGAUAAAAUAAAGGCAUUUUGCCACCCUUUGUUCCGUUGUCCAUUUGAUUCUUCCAAAGCUUGAUUUAGCGUUCAGUUCCAUCCUUGCAGCCUCCAGACGAAAGCUAAUAAACAGGAUGGCUUAACCACAUGUGUACAUCCUCACAAAGAAUUCCAAAGCUUUCUCUUCAGUACCCCACUGUUCAGUGUAUGCACAAUAGGCUCACAUCCAGUGUUCCAGCUAACACAGGAAUUAAAUGGUGUAUCACUUCAAUUUUCAACUCUGCAUCCUCUCUGACCUUUUAGAAGUCUGUCCUCGAUGAGGGUGGCUGCCGUGGUCCCCAACACUGCUGGUUUGAACAUCAAUUGAAUUCUUUUAGGGCCAUCCCAGUUCCACACAGUGAAGUCUCUAAUAGGCACCAGGCUCAAGUGUGCCACCACCGAUGGAUGCUGAACACCAUCUUUCCAAGUUCACCGAUCUACCUGGGUGCAGAUUACUGCAUAUGUAGCUCCUGCCUGGCUAUUGAAGAUUUAGGUGGCUGCUUAGUAGCCAAUAAAUGACCAGUCACCCCUUUGUUGCAAUUUUACAGGCAUUAGAAAGAGUUAAGUAGUACAAAAAAGGAAA